ACUGAUGCUACGCGCUGUGCUGACCAGUUUAGUGAUGUCGAUGAGCUCUCGCCAACGUUUUUUGCUGGCAUGGAAGCCGAGGUUGAUGUGCGUAUUCAUCACUUUUAUUGUUCUUAUCUAGAUUUCUGCUCUCAGUCCUCCCCGAUGGGUGGUGCACACCCCCAUUCCUCUGUAAAUGCACUUUUCGCUCGCCUUUCCUCGCUCCUCCACCGCUUUCGACCCCAAAAUAAUGAAGCAAACGAAAUUCUGCAAACCUCAAGGCCUUCGGCGCUCCGGUCACGUGCACUCCUCGCUCGCCUUUCCUCGCUCCUUCACCGCUUUCGAUCCGAAGCUGAUGCACCAGACGAACUCCAGCAACCCUCCACACCUUCGCGGUCAGACCCGCAUGUACUCGUAGCUCACCGUUCCUCAUUUUGGCCCCGACCUCAACUCUGCACUGACGAAGAAGCUAAACCUCAUCCUACAACGCCUUUCAGUUCGCGUCCAGAUGCACUCAUUAGCCGGCUGUCCUCAUUCUUUCGCUCUCAACCCCACACCGAAGAUGAACUCGCACUCUCGCAAGGCACAAUGCAUUCUCAUGCUGUCGAAGUACCUGCCAUGCGGGACAGGGAGGUCUUGUUUGUUGCUGAGCCGCUGCGACCAAAUCGUAUACCCACCCAGCCUCGUGAUACUACAAUACCAGAUACAAGACCUGCGCAUUCGCUACUCCUCCGAAUGUUGGCCCAUCUCGUGCUCUUUCUCUGCUGCGCAUCCCCUCAGCGCGUCGGUGGCGAUGUAUACCCAGCACAACAGCAGGAAGGCCAAGCGCAGGCUCAUGCCACAUCGUCGCAAACACAGCACCAGCAAGGUCAAUCAUACAGUGAAUCGCAGACUCGACCUGCUGCUCCCUCCAUGUCCGCGACACCUACUGCUCUUUAUGCUCAUACUACUGUGCCAGGUGCAGCCA